GUUUCCUCAAAGGAUGCCAGGAGUCCUUUUUCUGCCCUCCUCUCCCAUCCCAGAAGCGGGAAGCGAUACGACGUUUGGGUUUUGGGACUUCCAAUAAAAUUAUUUUGGAAUUUGACCAACCAUUCUGGAAGCCGGACACUGAAAUAGUUGAGGUGCUGUGGGAAAACGAGUCGCCUCUGGAGGAGCGCCCAGUUGAUUUGAGAAAGACCUGGUUCCAGAAGAUCGCUGGCUACGUAGUUCUCCAGCCACCUGAGAGGCACGGCCAUGUCCUUUGCGGCUUCAUCCCUGGGAGAGAAUCUGAGUUUAUGGAAACCCUGUCAGAUUCCGAAGUUCUUACAACUUUGGCUCAAAUAUUUCGUAAAGCAACAGGAAAUCCACAACUGGCUCCUCCGAAGAAUAUACUGAGAUCCCGAUGGCACAGUGAGCCUUGCACCAAGGGAUCCUACAGUUACAUAGCUGUGGGAAGCUCUGGGGAUGACAUUGAUCGGCUUGCUCAGCCUCUCCCCGAGGACCCCUCCGGCUCCAAGGUCCUGCCCCAGCUCCUCUUUGCGGGGGAGGCCACCCACCGCUCCUUCUUCUCCACCACCCACGGGGCCUUGCUGUCCGGCUGGAGAGAAGCGAACCGGCUCCUCCACCUCUACGACUCGCUCCUGGAGGCUCCGCGUGGGAGGCUGGAAGCCGGCAAGUGACACAGCUGUGCCUUUUUCUGCGCUACUUUCCUCACCAAAGAUCAAGAAACGGUUGGGAAUUCCUUUAAUUCGCCCAAUAAAGUUCCAGGAAUCCUUGCACCAGA